CAAAAUCAAGGGUCCUUUGCCCUUCUCUCCUCUAAACUUAACGUAACGUACCUACAUGUGUCAUUGUGGCUCGCUCGCUGUUUCUAGUAACUCCCUGCUUCUGUCUUCUAGAGUGAACAUCACAGCUCGUUCGCUUUCUGCACAUUUCACGCUGCGAUUUCUCUUGAUUCUGUUCCUCCUUUUUCUUUUCUCUGCUGUGCAGUUUAUUCUCCUUUUUUCUUUGCCAUCAUAAUAUCAGCCAGCGCCUUUAUAGAUACGGGGUCCUCUUGUCCGAGCAUCCGGAAUACAGUAACGAAUCCUCUAUUACGGUAUAAAUUACUGUCCAAUCUUACCACAUCUCACUACCACUCACACCCCCCAGUCUCACGCACUGCACUUGACUCAACAUGUCUAAGUCGCUACAGCUCAAGAACGAAGGAAACAAAUGUUUCCAGGCGGGGGACUACGUCGGCGCCGAUAGCCUCUACUCCAAAGCGUGAGCAUAUAUAAUCAGCACAGCUUAGAGAGAGAGAGAGCUUAUUCUGACAAAGAUCGCAAUAGCAUCAUCGCCGACCCCAAAAAUCCAGCUCUUUACACUAAUCGCGCCAUGGCCCGUCUUAAGCUUAAUUAUUGGGACUCAGUAAUCACCGACUGCGAGGCUUGUUUGCAGCUAACGCCAGACAACAUGAAGGCCCGGUACUACCUUGCGCAAGCACAGAUCGCUCUUCGCGACUAUGACGCUGCGCUUGAGAACGCUCUGCAUGCGCACAAGCUGUGCGCCGCCACGGGGGAUCGCUCGCUCGCUGCUGUGACGGCUCUCGUUCUUCGCUGCAAGAAAGAGCGCUGGGACGAUCUUGAGAAGAAGCGGGUUCGCGAAUCGCAAAAUCUUGAAAGGGAGAUGCUUGAAUUAUUGACAAAGGACAAAGAGGCUAUGCUGGCCGAGACGGAUGAUGGGAUGGUGAGGCAGGAAAUCGAGGAGGAGAGCGAUGCCAAGAUUGAGAGGAUGAAAGAGAUCUUUGAGAGAGCAAGGGCAGAUAGUGAGAAGAAGAGAGAGGUUCCAGACUGGGCCAUUGACGAUAUCAGCUUUGGAUUCAUGGUUGAUCCCGUCAUGACCAAGACUGGAAAGUCAUACGAGCGCGCGUCUAUCAUGGAGCACCUCAACAGACACCAUAGCGAUCCUCUCACUCGCGAGCCACUUGUGCCUUCUGAGCUACGGCCAAACCUGGCGUUGAAGCAGGCGUGCGAAGAGUUCCUCGAGCAGAACGGUUGGGCUGCUGAUUGGUAGUAGAAAAAGCAAAUGACGAUGAGAGUUGGGAAUCAGCGGAUCGGAGGUCUUUUGAUUAAAAUCUUAUUAAAUGCUUGGAGUUUCAGGUGUUCAGAGACUUAUUCCAGAGAUGCUUUGGGCUUGAAUAGCGUAACGUUUUGAACGAAUUCAUGAAAGUAAUAACGGCAAUUCUCCUCUUAAUCUUCCACGGUCACUCGUGCUAUCAGUGCUGCAGCCAGUCGUUUCAUAAAUAAUACGUUUUUAACGUAUACAACUGAUCCUUAUUCAUCAUGUCGUGUUCCUAUCCUCCACUGACCUGGCCAUCAUGUCCCACAGCAGUUUUGUAUAUAAAGGUAGUCAUCAAGCUCGCGCUCCGUCCAAGACAUGUCUAUACCCUACUUAACCCAGGCGUGACGACAUUAUACAAUCGCUAUGCAACCGAAUAACCCAACCAAGCGAUCCCAGUAGUCCAAAAGAAAAGAACACCAAUAGCGCCGUGCAAAUGCAUGUUUUCCCCCUUCUUACUCAAAGCACCACCCCGAAUGCUGACAUUACCCAUCGGAUUUGCCCCUAGAGAAAAGAUGGGCCCGGCUGGCUAUCGUCCUUGACGAGUCCGGCCCGCUCUUCCUCCGUUGGGUCCGCGACGUGUGAUGUUGAUCUAGACGAUGAGUGAGGCCGCCGGAAAACGUUAUGGAAUGAAAACUGACGUCGUGUCGUAUCCUGAGGUUGUCCAUGAGGCGGGGGCGUCGGAGGCGCAAGGCUGUCACCACUUCGGAAUGACGCCCCUCGGUACUCAGUAUCCUGUCCGUUGUACUCGUGCUCCCGAGUUUGACCAUAGUAAGCGGCGUGUUCUUCGUCGGCCUUAUCCCGGGGGACGGCAAUCUCAGUCAGGGGGACCGGGUGCAUCGGGCUGCGGGGCCGGGGUUUAUCGUCUUCAUGAUCGUCGUUGGCGUGUCGGCCUGAGAAGUUGGUGAAGCCUCGGGCUCUACCUCGGAUGGUACCUGCAAUGCUAGAGAAGAGUGUGUUUGUUUCCUGACGGUUGUUGUCGUCGUCGCUAUCGUCUCCGUCUUCGACCGGUGGGAACUGCGACAUGCCUAAAGGUGGAUGUUGUCUUGGACUGCUUGGUCUUACAGCAAAACGGGGUGAGGUGGGCGGCAUCGGUGGUGGAGGCGAUGUUACUGAUCCUGCCCUAGAGCUGCUAAUCGUUCCGGUCCUGAAAGUCAUUGUUCGUCUUCUUCUCAAACCAUCCCAUUCCCACUCCGGCUGCUGUCCAUCCUCUCGGAUAGGGUCCAUUGUGUCCAUCAUCAUCUUUUCCUCGUGGAGUCGCUUGAGCUCUUCGGCUUCCAUUCUAAGUCGUCGCUGAGAGAUCUGUCGCACGAUGGCAGCGGCUCCGCGGAUGGCAUCGGCCUUGGGUUCCGACUCUGGCUGUUCCUGCUCGGCAAUAGUCUGGAUCUGAUCGAGGUCGCCGCUGAAGACUGCUGCGUCGGGCACAUCCUUUGCGGAUUUUGAGAGCUGCAGUAACACUACUCCGGAACAAAUUGUUAAGAAACCUAAAACAACGGUGACGAUAGACUGGGCAGUGCCCUUGAAACCUUGGAAAAGAAUUGCUGACGUGAUAAUAGUCGUACUGGUAAAGUAGACGUAAUAUGUCGGGGUAACGAGGGCUGCGUUAUAGAUGUUGAGCGCUUUCUGUGAUGAGCUGUUAGUGGCUGAGAUAAAACGGAGAACUGGGCUCAUACGUUGAGA